UGCUGUGGGGUGCAGGGAUAGAGCUGUGCAGAAAAAGACCCUUUUCAGUUUUCAUUACUGCUCACUUCCUUCUUCACACAUUCUUCAGUUCAGAAGCCAUUGUUCAUCUUUUGGUUCUUUGUUGAUUAAGAUGGGGAAUUGCCAAGCUGUAGAUGCUGCAGCUCUUGUGAUCCAACACCCAUCUGGGAAGAUAGAGAGGUUGUACUGGCCAGUCAGUGCAAGUGAGGUUAUGAGGACUAAUCCUGGCUAUUAUGUGUCUUUGAUCAUACCAUUGGCUGUGCCACAAGGGCAGAAUCAGGACCAGAAGACAGUGCUUUUCACCCGAGUGAAGCUGCUUCGCCCCAAUGAGACUCUAACUCUUGGCCAUGCUUACAGGCUGGUCACUACUCAAGACGUUGUGAAGGCUUUGAAAGCAAAGAAACAUGCAAAGAUGAAGAAGCCUCAUGGGAAGACAGCGGAUAGUAUGCAAAUAAUGCAACUGGAAAAGGCAAGUUCAGAUGGUGAUACUGGAGGGAUGUUGGACACAGGAAAUAUAUAUCAGGGAAUGAGGGCAGACAGAUACAGGCUAAUGAAUUCCACACAUGCUGCGCUUAAGCUGAAAUCAUGGCGUCCCUCUUUACAAAGCAUCUCAGAGUCUAGCAGCUGAGUUGUGCUAGGAUGUGAAUGUAAGAUGUCUCAAGAGCAUGGUUUGAUUGCCUCUUUCUUGAUGCUCCUCCUAGCUGAAUACUUGAUAUAUGGGCUAAGAAGUUCAACAAAGGUUUGAAAUAGAGUAUUCUCUUCCAUCA